GGAAGUCUUUAUGGUCCCAGCGAGAACUGGAUAGCCAUUUGGGAGGGAGAGCUCUAUGUUCUUCCCAGCGUGAGCGUCAGCUGCAAAGCAGGAGGCUGACUCUCCCGGAGCGCGAGACUUCGCUUUGGAGGGGUGCACGUGUUCGUGCCCUAAAGCUGAUGCGGCUUGCUGCGAGAUCGUCUCUAGGAGGCUGGCCUGCAGUGACCUGCCGUCUCCCCGGUCCCUCUCCCGUUUCCAGAGCCGUGUGGGGUGCUGAGGCUCGGGCAGCAUGACGACGGAGACCUUCGUGAAGGAUAUCAAGCCCGGGCUCAAGAACCUGAACCUCAUCUUCAUUGUGCUGGAAACAGGCCGAGUGACCAAGACAAAGGACGGGCACGAGGUUCGGACCUGCAAAGUGGCAGACAAAACUGGCAGCAUCAAUAUCUCCGUCUGGGACGAUGUGGGCAACCUGAUCCAGCCUGGGGAUAUUAUCCGGCUCACCAAAGGGUACGCUUCAGUGUUCAAAGGUUGUCUGACAUUGUACACUGGCCGUGGGGGUGAUCUUCAGAAGAUUGGAGAAUUCUGUAUGGUUUAUUCUGAGGUUCCUAACUUCAGUGAGCCGAAUCCAGAAUACAGUGCCCAGCAGGCACCCAACAAGACGGUGCAGAACGACAGCAGCCCUACGGCUCCCCAGCCUACCACCGGACCCCCUGCCACCUCUCCAGCCUCUGAGAGCCAGAACGGGAAUGGACUGAGCACCCCACCAGGUCCUGGUGGUGGCCCACACCCCCCUCACACUCCCUCCCACCCCCCCACCCCCCGAAUUACCCGAAGCCAGCCCAACCACACGCCUGCUGGCCCUCCUGGCCCCUCCAGCAACCCUGUCAGUAAUGGCAAAGAAACCCGGAGGAGCAGCAAGAGAUAGCAAGACAUUCUUCCUCCCCGCCACCAGCCACAACCCAGGUGUCUGCUAGAGAACACAGCUUUCUACCGGGCUGCUGGCUUUGGGGGGCAGGGGGUGUGUAGGAGUAUUUUAGCCACUAAACUUCACUGGAGGGGUGGUGAGCAGUGGCCUUAUCCGCCCUCAGCCCAUCCUCCCCUCCUUGUCAGCUGAAGCGGCCUGUCCCCUGGGAGUCCGGGCCCUCUGCCUCCCCUCCCUCCUCUUUAGAAACGACGGUUACAGUCUGUUUCUUGUGUGUGAGAUGUGGAAGUUUAAUUGAAUCCCUCCUUCCUAAUAAAUGUUACCACUCUG